CCUUUACUGGUACCGGUACAUCCAUUCCGGUACCGUCGGAAUCUUUUUGUAGCACCGAAGUUUCAUGCUGAAUGAAGUACAACAGAAGUACGAGUAUCACUGGCAAAUCGUCCCCCUUGAAUUAGAUUGAACCAGGAUCUCACAGUAAGAGAGUUGCAACUGUCAAUCCAGGCGUUGGUUGUAGCUCAGGAAGAUAGUUGGGUUCAGCUGGCGAAAAAUGAGUUCGAAAGGUUACAGCGAGUGGGAAAGCGAAGAGGAUGAGGACGAGGAGGACUUCGUUCCUGACGCAUACGAGGAGGAGGGAGACGAUUGCGUCGAAUUUAGCGACGACGAAGACGACCCCGAAGAUUUUCCACCUAUCUUGCAAGGGGAGAUGUUCAUCGACGAAAAUAAAGGACUUUGCUACGAACAAGAUGGAAUAUUUUGUUUGGUAUGUAAAAGUUCUAUUCCUACCGAAUCUUUCAGUUUCGCAACACCCGUAAUGAACACCCCUUUGGUGUUUGCUGGUUGGAUUAAAAACCCAGGCAGCUGGAUGGAAUUCGAGGUUCAUUUUUCGAAAGAACCUAUGUCAAAGGAUCCUUUAGAAAUAAAGCUCUUAGAAGAACAGGAGGAACAAAAUUUAAGGAGUAGAUCGGAAAUCUCGAAGAAGAAUUAUAUUGACGACGCAAAGAACAAGACGAGUCCUGGAAAGUGUGAUCUAAAAGCUCCACCAUCAUAUUCGUUGGAAAAUAACUCCGGAAAUAUAAAAUACGCUGCAGAAGAUCGCAACGGAAAGCAAACUUCGUCGACUUUAAAAUCUGGUGAUUCCGCAGAAGCCAACGAGCAAAAAAUGAUGCACGUAAAAGAUCCUCAAGACAAUAUGGUUUUCGUGGUAUCAGGGUCCCGGAUUACUGGCAAUGCCAAUGAUGAUCGCAAUAUUUCUUUCCGCGGCUCAUACCGUUUUCCAUUGCAAACCUCACUUAAAAACAUCCAUCUAAUAUGUUCCAUCCAGACUAUUGACAGUGGAAUGGUUGUGUCUGGAGCAACCGCUUCAACGGCCGCUGCUGGUAAAAAACGGAAUCGACCUACCAGAGAUGAUGAUUCUGUCGAAGAGAGCACGGGUGAAGUGUAUCAAGAGCUGAUUGAUCUUCACGAUGAUACACGUUUAUCGACAGAGGAAUUGAGGAAAAAGUAUUACGGGACCGGGGAUAUGAAGGGAAAUAGUGGUCAAGGGCCUAGAGUUAGUACUGCGAAGCGUUUCAAAGAAACUGACUAUGAGGGCGAAGAUGAUGACGCUUACGGAUUUUGAAUACGAUGUCUUCCUUGAAUGGAAGUCACUGGGUAUAUGAGGAAUUAGUAAUGGGUGUUAGUUGAUGCUUAGUUCCUUGUGCUCCCAAGUCAUCCUGAAGAAACAUUAUGAAGACUUGUGAAAACUAAAAUAUUCGCAUAGUAUAUGGUUUCCUGUACCUCAUAGUGACAAAUCACAACACUGUUGCAUUUGAAAAUUACAAUCAUUUAUCCUUGGCAAUGAAAGGCGGAGACAUAAGACUCGGCAUGUGACAUAAGACUCGGCAUGUGACCAAUGGUGAUAUAGCCAAAUGAGGCAUCUCAAAACACUGUUGCAGUCGUUCAGAGUGCCAAUCCAGCUGAAGAAGCAACUUUUAGAGACAUCAUUGUCAAGCACAAAGUGAGUGCUGUCAAAAUAAAUCUACUCUAUAAUA